GAAUCGAUGAUUUGUGUUUAAAAUUUUUCAUAGAUGCAGGAGCAAUGGCAGUUCGUCGUUGUAAAAAAGAGGAUUUAAGGAGAAUUGCUAAAGCAACAGGAGAAACAUUCGAGCCAUCUUAUCUUGGAUUGGCAGAUGAAGUUCUUCAAGAACGUAUUUCUGAUGACGAAUGUAUUCUCAUCAAAGGAACCAAAGCACAAAAUUCUUCAUCAAUCAUUUUACGUGGAGCAAAUGAUUAUAUGUUGGAUGAAAUGGAGAGAGCUUUACAUGAUUCGUUAUCGGUUGUUAAAAGAACCUUAGAGAGCAAUAGUGUCGUUCCUGGUGGUGGUGCAGUAGAAACUGCUUUAAGUAUUUAUUUAGAAAAUUUCGCAACCACAUUGGGUUCACGUGAACAACUUGCAAUAGCAGAAUUUGCAAAUGCACUUCUUGCUAUUCCAAAAACGCUCGCAGUGAAUGCAGCAAAGGAUUCAACCGAUCUGGUUGCAAAAUUACGUGCAUAUCAUAACGCAUCACAAAAUAUUUUAACGCUCUGA